AUGUCCGUGCAGAUACCACCAGAAGAUUUUGAUGCACAAUCACAAUUAAAUCCAGAACAACAUCAUGCUUUUACAAAAAUAAUGCAAACAAUCAAUGCUGGAACAACUGCAAUAUUCUUUGUGGAUGGACCCGGGGGAACUGGAAAGACAUACCUAUACCGUGCAUUACUUGCCAAUGUUAGAUCAAGAGGUAUGAUAGGUUUGGCAACAGCAACCAGUGGCGUAGCUGCUUCAAUAUUACCAGGAGGACGUACAGCACACUCAAGGUUUGAGAUCCCUCUUCAAACAAGUGAAUCAACUAUGACAAACAUGUCAAAGCAAAGUGGUGUUGCCAAAUUGAUUAGAAAAGCAAAAGUGAUUAUAUGGGAUGAAGCACCAAUGGCCAAACGACAAACAAUAGAAACAGUCGAUAUGAGCUUCAGAGACAUAAUGGACAUCGAUAAACCAUUCGGCGGAAAAGUCAUGGUUUUUGGAGGAUAUUUUUGGCAGGUGUUACCAGUAGUUCCAAAAUCAACUCGAGCAGAAAUUGUAAAUGCAAGCUUGGUAAAAUCAUAUCUGUGGCCUUUGAUGGAGAAGAUUCAAUUUACUAGAAAUAUGAGAGCAAGAACAGAUCCAACAUUCAGUGAGUUCUUACUUCGAGUGGGUAACGGUGAUGAACGAACAAUAAGAGAAAAUUUAAUCCUCAACAAUCAAACAUUCCAAGGAUGGAAUUCCAGAAGAAUCCAUAAUAAAAGAGAUAUUUCAAAACCUGCAAGAAAAUGCUGCAACAACAAAAUAUGUCACUGA